CUCAUAUCCAAUACAGCAGGUGUAACCCCACGUGCCUUUACCCUUGUCUUAAAAGUAGCUAAACAAAAACCACAUUCUGAAAAGUGUUAACUCCAGUGUCAUCUACUCUCUUUCUCUCUCUAAAAAAGGUCACUCUUUUUUCACUCAAUCCAAACACUUCUUCAUGUAUCAAACUCCACAGUAGACAAGCAAUCUACAGCUUGUUCACAAAUGAAGUUGAAAUCUUACCAAGUUUUGAUCUUUUUGAUUGUUUUGAGUUGUUCACAUUUAAGGGUUGAAGCUGUAGGUGUGAACUGGGGUACUUCUUCUUCACAUCCAUUACCUCCAGCUAAAGUGGUUGAGUUAUUAAAAGCUAAUAAAAUCAGUAAAGUUAAGUUAUUUGAUGCAAACCCAAAUGUUCUUGAAGCUUUAUCUGGUACUGGAAUCUCUGUUACUGUUGGCAUUCCUAAUUCUAUGCUCAAAAGCUUGAGUUCUUCUAAGAAGGUUGCUAAGAGUUGGGUUCAUAACAAUCUUACUAGAUAUUUCUCUGAUGGUGCAGGGAAAGUUAAAAUAGAGUACAUUGCUGUUGGAGACGAGCCAUUCCUUCAAAGCUAUGGUCAACAGUUCCAGCCAUUCAUUAUCGAUGCAGUGAUUAACAUCCAAACAGCUCUUGUUGGUGCAAAUCUAGCAAACAAUGUGAAAGUUGUCGUUCCGUGCAAUUCCGAUGCAUACAUCUCUGUGACCGGUCUACCUUCAAAGGGGCACUUUAGACCUGACCUCAACAAAACCAUGAUUGAGCUCCUCACAUUUCUCAGCAAGCACCACUCUCCUUUCUUCGUCAACAUCUACCCUUUCUCAAUCUUCCACCAAAAUAAGAACAUAUCACUCGCAUUCGCCCUCUUUGAACCAAAGGCACAUUCUCUUAAUGACAGUCACAAAGCCUACAAGAAUCUUUUUGAUGUAAGCCAUGAUACCCUAGUGACAUCUUUAUCCCAGCUAGGCUUUCCUGAUAUGGAUAUUGUCGUUGGUCAAAUUGGGUGGCCAACAGAUGGAGCAAUUAACUCCACUUCUUCCACUGCAGAGACUUUCAUGAAAGGCCUAAUGUCCCAUCUUCAUAGCAGUUCUGGAACUCCACUAAGACCUAAGAAACCUCCAACAGAGACAUACAUAUUUAGCUUGUUGGACGAAGAUCAAAGGAGCAUAGCGAAUGGAUAUUUUGAGAGACACUGGGGAGUAUUCACUUUUGAUGGUCAAGCCAAGUACCAUAUGGAUUUAGGUCAGGGAACGAGAAAUCUUGUGAACGCACAAAACGUUGAAUAUCUUCCCGCUAGAUGGUGUGUGGUCAAUAACAACAAAGAGUUGGUUAAUGUCACUUCCAAAGCUCUCGAGGCUUGUUCAGUUGCCGACUGCAGUGCAUUGUCUGUAGGAAGUUCUUGUUUCAACAUGAGCUGGCCUGGAAAUAUAUCAUACGCAUUCAAUAGCUAUUAUCAGCAGCAUGAUCAGCGCGCAGAAAGCUGUGGUUUUGGUGGUCUAGGACUGAUAACAACUGUUAAUCCUUCGAUGGGUAAUUGCAGGUACAACGUUCAGAUACAAACAUCAAACUCUUUUUCACCAAGUUGGUUGCCGUUCUUCUGCUGGAGAUUUGUAUUGGUGUUUUUGUUUUCAGUGCAUUUGCUAUGUGCAUCCCAGGAAAACAUGGUAGAGAUUUUAUAGUUUGCACUGAGACCAAUGUUGGAAGAUUUCAGCUGUUGUACAACUUUCAAUGGUUUUUGUUAGGCAGGCAAAAGCUAUAAAAUGAACAUAAGGGUGUACCAUGAACUAAUUUACAGGCAGAAGAUUUUCUUCAAAGAUGUGUGUAACAUUGGAAGUCAAAAAAAAAAAGGUAUUCCCUAUGAACAAGUUGAACCCAUUUAUCUGGAACUUGUUACUAAAACUCUUAUUCUUCCAAUUGUAAUAGUAGAAGGAGCAAGGAUGGGAUAAUCAACAGGUUUGUCCCUGGAAUGGGUGCAACAAAAUCCAACCUUUCUCGUUCCUGUUCGAAUAAUGGCAUUAAGAAGUUAUUACAAGCAUCCCUUUUUCUCUUGUUCU